AUGGCUACUGCCCCUACAUAUUCUUGUUUGGCAAAGAUACUUCCCAACGGUAGGCAAUUAGGAGGAAGAGGUUUUGUUGAUUUACCUUUUAUUGGUGAUAAUAAUGUUAUGAAGAAGGAAAGGAAAGCCUUAUAUAUAGCAUUUGAUGUAGAAAUAGAUUUGCAUGUAACUGGUUCUAUUUUUUUCAUACUUGCGUUCUCUAUUUUAUACGAUUUCUUAUUCCUUGUUGCACAAUACUCGUUCUUAGGUAUGAGGAUCAAAUAUUUAAACAUUGCUCUAAUGAAAACUUCGAAUGUGAAGCUUGAAUAUUUGCCAAAAAUAUUUCUCUUCAACGGAGUGUUGUGGAAGGAUCGUUUUAAUGACGAUGUUACUUUUCAUAAAGAUACCGACCUGAAGAAAUAUAUCCGCGCUUUUGAAAUGAUCUACGAUCACAUUCGACGCCUCGAAAAAGGUUUUAGAUUUUCUGAUAUAGAACUUUUAAGAAAAAUGUGUAUAACAAUGUUGGUCGUAAUCUCUUGGAUAAUGUUGAUGACCGUAAGUCUAAGAUCCGACAUAGUACUGCGCCAACUCGAACAGACCAAAGUCAUUUGUAUAUAUGCCCAACUAAAGCCUGAAAACAAUGGUGAUGUUUUCAAGCUGACGAAAAGGCUUCAGAAGAUAUUGGAGAGCAGGGAUGCGCGGCCGUUUAUCUACGGCGUCUUCCAGUUCGACUCGGGGAUGGUGGUUCGCUUCGCCGCUAGCACGUUUGUCUACAUUACGGUUAUUUUACAGUCUAGGAAAUGGGCAUUCACCUUGAUGGAAUUUGGAAAAACUAACGAAUUAAAUUCUACCAUCACAAAUCCAUAAAUAUAUAUCAGAGUAGGUUCACCUUAGUAAUUUAUCCCUAUGACAAGUACCUACCUAAUCGCCUAAUAUUAGUUAUAGUAUAUCGCCCGUAUUACAAGUUAUUUACAGAACUAGUUAGUAUCCUUCUACAACUAGUUAGUACUCCUUCAUUACAUUUCAAAAACCUCUUUAUUGCAUUUCGAACGAAGAACAGAAAGACCAACAAGAUUUUAUUUGAUAUAGGUAUGUUGGCAGUCAGCUCCCAGAGGAGCUGAAAGAUUACCUGAGUGUAAAAAAGUAUUAAAUAUUAUCUGAUAAUAAUAUAUUUUAAUUAAUAAGCGGUCCCAUCGCUACAGUAGGUAAUUAGGUUAUUUUGUAUAUUUAUUAGUUGAACGUAGUAUGAAAGCAAGGAGUC